AUGGAUAAAUCUCGCAAGUCACCCAGGGCCCGUAAAUCAUCCACCGAUCGAGUGGCACGAAAGCGAGAGCAGGAUCGACAAGCCCAGCGAAGUGCUCGAGAAAAGACAAAAACACUCAUUUCCCAACUAGAGUCCCGCAUCGAUACAUUGACGAAGUUCCAUGACAGUGGAAAUGCGAAAAGUCUGUUGGAUGAGCUCGAAUUGCAGAGAAGCGCAAAUGACACACUGCGGGCAACGUUACGAACAGUUGAGAAGGUCAUCGGCUCGGGCGUCUCCCAGGCCAAUGCUCUAUGUCCCAGUAGAGCUAGCUUGAAAAUAUCGAAUGAUCUCGUGCCAUCGAGCGAUAAUAUACGGGAUGAGUUCGAUGUCGACGCUUCAAUAGAGAGCCUUUUCGGCUCUCAGACAAAUGAAAGUGUCGCUGCGGAGGCAUUUGAUGCCGACAAAGUUGACAUUUCACUUACUGUCGAUGACGAACUGAAAGAUCGUCAAUAUUGUCACUAUACAAGAGCACCUCGGGUCGCUCAUCAGCAGACGAGCGCCACCCUCAGCGCCCUGAUAUCAGCAGAAUCCGUGUCCCAGCUCAGCCCGGUAUGGGAAUGCACGCCAUCUUACCUCCAGAGGUCGAUUAACCAACGAGAGAUCGACGCGGAUGUCCCGAUCAGGGCUGUGCUUCACGGGUGGCAUGUUGUUGAGGGUCUAUACACUUUGGAUUCUGUCUGGACCAUUAUGCGUGUCGCUGACGAAUCGAUCUGGCGAAAUUGUGGGAUCGUUGAACGCUUGGUGAUUUUGAGGGUUGUCAGCUCCAUGCUUCGCUAUCGAUCCGACCCCUCCGAGACGAACGCAAAAGCACUGCCAAUAUUCAUGAGACAGCGGCCUUCGCAAAUGCGCAUCAUCCAUAAGCCUUUGAUAGACUUCAUUGUUUGGCCCGGUCUUCGUGAGCGCCUAGUGCUGUUUCCCCAUGAACACUGCUCAGCCAAAUUCUGGAAUCUCUUUUGGGAUUGCUUUCGGUUUGACUGGCCUUACACUAUUGAGGACGCCUUCCUCCAACAAUGCCAAACUGGGCUUUACCAAUUCUCGGAAACAUUUACUCGUCACUUUUUUGACCUGCAGCGGUGGCGCAUGACAACUCAAUUUGUAGAGGAGUUUCCUGAGCUUGAGCCCGACAUUCACGUUGUGCCGUCAGUGACUGGCUCGGCAUCUCCUACCAUGGAUGAUGAAGCCUUUCUAACUGGUCUGGAAGGGCUCUUUCAUGCACAUGAGCCGCAGCUGGAGGUAUUUCCAGCGAGACUUCUUGCAGACCUUGAGGCUAUGGAUUGGCCAACUAGCUGA